AUGCUGCUGCUGACGCGGGUCGUGUUGCUCUCAGCGCUCUGCGCCGCGGCGCUCGGCUGCCCCCGCAUCAUCUCACGCCGCCAGUGGGGGGGGGCCCGGCCCCCGAGAAACAGGGUCCCACUGAGGACCCCAGUGCCCUACGUCAUCAUCCACCACACGGCAGGGAACCGCUGCUACACACAGGCCUCCUGCAGCCGGCAGGUCAGGGGCAUCCAGAACUACCACAUGGACACCCAGCGCUGGCCCGACAUCGGCUACAACUUCCUGAUCGGCGAGGACGGCAGAGUCUACGAGGGCAGAGGCUGGAGCAGCGUGGGGGCCCACGCCUACAACUGGAACUAUAAGUCGCUGGGAUUCAGCUUCCUGGGCAGCUUCUCCAGCAGAGCCCCCAACGCUGCCGCCCUGAACGCCGCCAAGAGACUGAUCCAAUGCGCCGUCUCCAAGGGCUUCCUGAGCCGCAGCUACACCCUGAAGGGGCAUCGCAACGUGAACCCGACCAGCUGCCCCGGGAACGCCCUCUACAGGGUCAUCAGCAGGUGGCCCAGGUUCAAAGCCUGA